UGCACACACGUUUUGUGUGCUGCUUCAGUGCACUUGCUUUUAAUGUAGCGUAGAUUCAACUCUGAGGCGGAUGAGCCUCUCUCUCUCUGCCACGGUUUUAUAAUAGCAGCGCUUCAAAGCAUAUCAUCUUUUCAAUAUAUAAACGGAAAGAGAGAGGAGAAAAAUGUGGAAAGUCGUGGUUCGUGGGAUCCGGGAGACGUUGGAGCGACGCGUCUGUCGCACCAACGUUUACUCGCAAUCGUCGCAGGACAACGCGAAGAACGAAGUUAAGACGAGCCUGACGUGUCAGCAGAAAUUCUUGCCACCGGUGCUUAUCACCUGCGACAAGGGUUUCUGCGGCUCGUCCAAGAGCACCGGUGCUAACAACAGCAAACACGACUCCGAUUGGAACACCAAGCACAGCUGGUCAGAGGCUGUCGGCUGGUCCAGCGUACUGGCGGCUGGAUGGGUUGUAUGCCAGACACUCUGCCUGCGCAAGAGAGUCGCUGACAGAGACAGCAGUGAGACCUUGAAAAACAAAUUACACGAUUACUCUUCAUCGAUACUUACGCAAUGUCUAAAUCUACACCCGCGAAAAGUCCUGCCGGUUACCAACUGUACCGCCACCAGUAGUAAAAGCUCUGAUCUGCAGGAUACAGAGUCACAAUGGACCGCGGAGAAACCGUUCGGUCCUAUCACCAUUGAAGAGGCAUUCAAAAAUGCUGCCGCUGAAUUUACAAAUACCCAUAACAUACUGAAGGGAGAAUGCGAACUUCGGUAUGGUAUCAAAGCUUUAGAGGAAAUGCGUUACAGUGACGCUUUAAUGCAUUUUACCGCGGGCGCUAAAUUAUCAUCUCCCGGAAGCCUAUUCAAUUUAGGGUUGUGUUACGAAUUAGGCGUCGGAACUAUGGCAGAUCAAGCAAAGGCUGCAAAAUAUUACACUGAUGCCGCGGCUCACAAUCAUGCCGAUGCUUUAUAUAAUUUGGGAGUCUACCAUGCCCAAGGAAAGGGCGGUUUACCAAUCGAUAUCGAUACCGCGCGCACGUGUUUCAACAAAGCAGCAAGCUUGGGCCAGGUGCGGGCGCAGUGUGCACUUGAUUCAGAAAAAGCUGAAGUGAAAUCGAAGAAAACUCUUGCGCCGAACACAAACCAAAAAGAAUUAGAGAAGAUUGGCGAACAUUUUAUGCCUUUUAAAUUAAGCGAUCACACGUUGUAUUCAAAUGUUGACGACACAUUUGGUACAACCGUAAAAUCCGAUCAAGGAUUAAUGGGGAUUGUCGACUUGAUAAAGCCUUUCAAGUUUAAUCCACCACCACCUAUUAUGAUAAAUGCCGAUUAUUACGUGCCAUAUUAAAGGACUUUUAUUACCUCAGUUUAAGACCAAAUGGAAUCAGGUAUAGUGAUAAUAGAAAUUGGACUAAUUCCUCCUAGUAUGUAAAUGAAAAUGUAAAUACAUUUUAUUGAUUCCCCUUAGAGUUACAAGGGGAAGUGUUACAGUGUAAUA